AUGUCCCGGCCCGCGCCCGUAGCGUCUGUCGUCCACGGCGGCCGUUGUGCCCGACGGCGGCCCGCGUCCCCUGAGCGGCUGCGCUGCAGCCGGCGGCGGCUGGGCGCGCUGGAGGAGGCCGGAGGUGGCGCGGCGGCUGUGGCGCGGCGUAACGAGCGCGAACGCAACCGCGUGAAGCUGGUGAACUUGGGCUUCCAGGCGUUGCGGCAGCACGUGCCUUACGGCUGCGCCAGCAAGAAGCUGAGUAAGGUGGAGACGCUGCGCUCAGCCGUGGAGUACAUUCGCGCGCUGCAGCGCCUGCUGGCCGAGCACGACUCCGUGCGCGCUGCGCUGUCAGGGGGGCUGUUGGCCCCCGCCACGAGGACCCCCGCGCCGCGCGCGCCUUCGGAGACCCCCGCAGCGGCUGCCGCCUCCCCCUCCUGCGCCUCGUCGUCCCCCGGGUGCGGGGGCAGUUCGGAGCCCGGCUCCCCGCGCUCUGCUUACUCGUCGGACGACAGUGGCUGCGAGGGCGCACUGAGCUCAGCGGAGCGCGAGUUGCUGGAGUUCUCCAGCUGGUUAGGGGGGUACUGA